AUGAUACGGAGUGCUGCUAAAUCCUUGAGAUCUGUUCAUCCUCGUUUCAUGGAGACAGGUACUCUGACAACUUCUUUGCUCCAUGGGCGAUACGAGUUCUUGUCUUGCUGCGGAAGAGACUUCUCUUGUCUCAGCAGCGAUAGAAACCUCUCUUACAAAGAGAGAUUGACAAGUGGCAUUGCCGGUAUUAACAAAGAUGACGCAGUUCAUCUCUUCAAGUCCAUGCUCCGGUCUCGUCCCCUCCCUACUGUCACUGACUUCAAUAAACUGUUCAGCACCGUCGCCAAGACAAAACAGCACAGCCUCGUGUUAUCCCUCUCCAAGCAGAUGGAAUUCAACGGUGUUGCCUUUGACCUCUACACUCUCAACAUAACGAUGAACUGCUUCUGCCGCCUCCGGAAACUCGGUUUAGCAUUUUCCGUAACGUCGUUGUUUUCAAUGCAUUGA